AUGGCUCCUCUCUCCGCCCCGCGGCGUCCCGGGUGCCCCAGCAACGGGCGCGCCUGGCCCCAAACAGCGGCGGGCAGCAGCAUGGGCGGCGAGGAGCAGGAGAGCCCCGCGGAGGGCGACCCGCGCUGGCGGCGGCUGGGGGAGCGCGUGGCGCGCAGCCUGCGGGUGGAGUCGGGGCGCUGGGCGCGGGGCGCGGCGGGACCCCAAGCGCGGCAGCUGCUGCGAGCCUUCCUGAGCGGCGACCCCGCCCAGCCGCUGCUCUUCGUCGCGCGCGACGCCGCCGGGCAGCUGCAGCUCCUCCCCGCGCCGCCCGCCGAGGGGGUCUUCCUGCUGCGCGCCGCUCCCGGGCCCGUGCGCCGGCCGCCCUCUGCCGGCCCGCUGCUGCUGUGCGGGGACCUGCCCGCCGCGCCCCUCGAGCACCUCGCCGCCCUCGUGCAGCAGGUAAAGAUGCAGAAGCUGGUAGUUGUGCCACUGCUGGCAAACCAGCAAAACCAUCACGGCUGGCCACAAGUAGUGUCUCAGGAUGUUACCCGACAUGUCUGCAGCCUGGAAAAUGGCAUUUCUGUGGUUGUUGGUCAAGUAAAAGGCAAAACUGUUCUGCUUCUCCCUGCUGACUCUGGGAUGAAUAAAUAUAUAGAUUUGGACAAUGAGAAAAGCAUUGAGCAAGUGGAUAAAUCUAUUGUGCAUGCCAUUGAGUCAGCAGUUAUUGAAUGGAGUUCUCAGGUAGAGAAAGUUCUGAAGAGAGAGUCAUCAGAGCUACUUUUGGAAGGUCAAGAUCCCAAUCCAAAAGUGGAGCUGGAGUUUUGGAAAGUCAGAUGUGAGGAUCUACAGUGCAUUUACAGCCAGCUGAAAACAAGGCAGAUCUUAAUAAUGAUGGAGUUGCUAGAGAGAGUGCAGAGCACCUACUUCCUCGCCUUCAGGUCAAUCUUCAGAGAUGUAGAAGCAGCAUUGCUUGAAGCCCAGGACAUAAACUUGCAUCUAAAGCCCCUCCAAUGCUCUCUAGAAGAAAUCGAGAAUAUAGAGUUUAAUGAGGUGAAGCCACUUCUUAACCAAAUUCUUCAUGUGGUGUGCUUUAUCUGGACCACAUCAAAAUACUACAACACACCUGCAAGGAUAAUUGUACUGCUUCAAGAAAUCUGCACUCUCCUUAUCCGACAGGCCACAAGUUAUCUCAGUCCAGAAGAUCUGCUGAAAGGGGAAGCAGAAGAAAGUGUGGGUAAAGUGCAGAAUACUUUUGAUAUUUUCAACUACUUCAAGCAGACCUUUGAAGAACGAAGAGAAAAUCUCAGCACUUAUUUUCAGCCAGGCCAGGAGGUGAAGCAGUGGGAUUUCCCUUCCUUAAUGGUUUUUGCACAAUUGGAUAACUUUCUAGAAAGACUCUGUUUGCUGAAUGAACUUCUGAUGACCGCUUUGGACAUAGAGAAACUGGAGAAAUUGGAAUUCAGUGGCAUAAAAGGGAAAGCUCUGAGUCAGCAAGUCUUGAGCAUGUACAAAGAAUUCCAAGAGGUCUAUAUAGCAUUUUCAGAUCGUACAUAUAACUGUCUGGAUGUGGCCAAUAAGGAGUUUGAAGAUGAUGUGCAGAAUUUUAAAGAGAAAGUGGAAGAGAUGGACCGGAGACUGGUGGCCAUUUUUGGACAGGCUUUUGAUGAUGCGGCUAGUUUGGAGCAUGUCUUCAAGCUAGUGGACAUAUUUGGAAGCCUUUUGGAACGGCCACUGAUAGCAGUAGAUGUCUCUGCCAAAUACCAUCUUCUGAUAACAAUAUUUGAAAGAGACCUGGAUGAUGCCAAAUGGAUCUACCUGCAACAUAUUCAGGAGGAAGCAGAACUAGGUUACCCACCUGUACACAGGAAUAUGCCAGUGAUUGCUGGAGGAAUUCGCUGGGCUCAGGAACUGAGAGAUCGGAUUCAGAUUCCAUUUAGUAACAUCACAAAUCUUACACCUCUUUACUUGGAUUCUACUGAGGGAAAAAGAAUGAUACAGAAAUAUGAGGAAUUGAUACAACUGCUGGAAAAAUAUCAAGAGAAGCUCUAUAAGAAAUGGCUCCAAACCGUGUAUGAAAAAUCACAAUAUAAUCUCACUCAACCGCUUAUCCAGCAAGAUCCAGAGAGUAAAUUGAUUGCAGUCAAUUUUGAUCUUCAGCUGGUGUCUGUUCUAAGGGAAGUGAGAUACCUUGGGGUAGAUCAGAUUGGAAGAAUUCCAAAGAUAGCAGCAGAUAUCUAUUCUUCCAAGGAGUCCUUCCGGCAGCUGGUAGCCAACCUGGAGCUGAUGGUGACUUGGUACAACAAGAUUCUGCUUACAGUUCUGGAAGUGGAGUACCCACUUAUACAGAGUCAGCUGGAGAAUAUUGAUGUUCAGUUGAUAGAAGCAGAAGAGACACUGAACUGGAAAACAGAAGGCCUUUGGGAUCACAUUUCACCAAUGGUUCACAAUGUUUUGGAUCUUGAGCAAAGAAUCCAGAAAACCAAAGACAACAUAGAGGAAAUUCAGAAUAUCAUGAAAUCUUGGGUCGUUCCAAUUUUUGAAAGAAGAGAUGGGAAAAGAGAAUCUCUACUGUAUCUUGAUGAUCAACAUGAACGAUUGGACAAGCACUACCAAAUCAUCAGAGACUCAGGGCAUAAGAUUCAUUUGUUGAUCAAGGAAAACCUGAGACUUUUUGGAGCAGAUCCAGUUUCUGAGGUUUGGAAAGCUUAUCUGGAGCAUGUGGAUGAAACUAUCCUGGAUGGGUUCUUUCAUGCCAUUGAAUGUUCACUGAAGUACCUUUUGGAAAACACAGAUUCUAAGGCAGGCCUUGCUCCCCUUUUCAAAGUGCAACUGGAUUUAUUAAUUCCUGAUAUGGUGUUCCAUCCCUCUUUGGAUCCUGGUGCCAGCGAUGGUUUCUAUGAUCUCAUUGAGGGUCUUGUCAACAAUGUAUUCCGAAUUUCCUCUCUGGUGCCCAGAGUGGCAGACCACAACCCAUUUCUCCAUUAUCAGGAUGACAUAGAGGAGAUGUCAGAUCUUGCUGAUAUGCGCCACAUCCUAAUGGAACGUAUCCAGAAGAUGAUGUCCAUCUGUUGCGACUACCGCAGCUCCUUUGACCACUACUCCUACCUCUACAUGGAUGACAGAAAGGAAUUCAUGAGGCAUUUUCUGUUGUAUAGUCAUGUCCUCACUGCAGAGGAAAUAGAAGCACAUGCCGAGGAUGGGGUACCGGAGACCCCUCCCACUUUGCAGCAAUUCAAAGAGCAAAUAGACUCCUAUGAGAAGAUCUAUGAAGAAGUAAACCACUUGGAAACUAUCAGCAUAUUUGGUGGCUGGAUGAAAGUUGAUUCUCAGCCAUUCAAAGCAUCUCUUUUGGGUAUAAUAAAAAAGUGGAGCUUCAUGUUCAAGCAGCAUCUCAUUGAUCAUGUGACUCACAGUUUGGCAGACCUUGAAAAGUUUGUAGAUAUUGCUGAGAGAGGUUUGAGCAAAGAUGUGGAAAAAGGAGAUUAUGAAGGCUUGGUGGAAGUUAUGGGUCAUCUGAUGGCUGUGAAAGAGAGACAGACUAGCACCAAUGAGAUGUUUGAGCCCUUGAAACAAACAAUUGAACUGCUGAAGAUCUAUGAGCAAGAAUUGCCAGGAGAAGUCUACAAGCAGCUGGAGGAACUGCCUGAAAAAUGGAACAACGUGAAGAAGCUGGCGAUAACUGUGAAGCAGCAUGUGGCUCCUUUGCAGGCAAAUGAAGUGGCAGUUCUGCGCAAGAAGUGUGCUGUGUUUGAUGUGAUGCAGCACAAAUUCAGAGAGCAAUUUCAUAAAAAAGCACCAUUCAGGCUUGAUGAUGCAAAUCCUUACCAAAUGUUGGAUGUGUCCCGUACUGAACUCAAACAGAUGGAAACUAUCAUGGCUUCAAUUUAUGAAUCAGCUGACUUGUUUGAAGUUGGUAUUCCAGAAUACAAACAACUUAAGCAGUGCCAAAAGGAACUAUGCAUUCUUAAAGAACUUUGGGAUAUGAUCUCCAUUGUAAACUCCAGCAUUAAUGACUGGGAGACUACAAAAUGGAAAGAUAUUGAUGUAGAAAACAUGGAACUGGAGUGCAAGAAUUUUGUCAAGGAUAUUCGGAACCUGGAUAAAGAAAUGAGGGCCUGGGAUGCUUUCUCAGGUUUAGACAAAAGAGUAAAAAACAUUCUGACAUCUCUCAGGGCAGUAUCAGAACUGCAGAAUUCUGCCAUCCGAGAGAGGCAUUGGAACCAAUUGAUGCAGGCAACAGGUGUGCAAUUCACAAUGGAUGCAGACACAACUUUGGCAGACCUGCUCAAACUCAACCUGCACAACUUUGAGGAUGAGGUUCGGAGCAUUGUGGACAAGGCUGUUAAAGAGAUGAGCAUGGAGAAGGUUGUGAAAGAGCUGAAGACUACUUGGGCCACCAUAGAAUUCCAGUAUGAGCCUCACCCACCCACAAAUAUCCCUCUACUGAAGUCUGAUGAGGAGCUUAUUGAAACCUUGGAAGACAAUCAAGUCCAGCUACAAAAUCUGAUAACAUCAAAGUAUAUUGCUUUCUUCUUAGAGGAAGUGUCUUUCUGGCAGAGGAAGCUGUCAACAGUGGAUUCUGUCAUUUCCAUCUGGUUUGAGGUUCAACGAACUUGGUCUCAUUUGGAAAGCAUAUUCAUUCGCUCAGAAGAUAUCCGGUCACAACUUCCUGAGGAUUCCAAGCGUUUUGAAAGAAUUGAUGUUGCCUUUAAAGAGCUGGCAUAUGAUGCUGAAAAGACUCCAAAUGUAGUGGAAGCAACUAACAAGCCUGGUCUUUAUGAACAACUGGAAGAUAUUCAGAACAGAUUGUCUUUGUGUGAAAAAGCCUUGGCUGAGUACUUGGACACCAAGCGGCUGGCAUUUCCGAGAUUUUACUUUAUUUCCUCUGCUGACUUACUGGAUAUUCUUUCAAAUGGCACCAACCCACAGUUGGUCCAACGCCAUCUUGCAAAACUCUUUGACAAUAUGGCAAAAAUGAAAUUCCAGGUGGAUUCUGAUCAACACCCAACCAAGCUGACCUUAGGGAUGUACAGCAAAGAGGAUGAGUAUGUUAGUUUCAGCGAACCAUGUGACUGCAGUGGCCAGGUGGAAAGCUGGCUGAAUUGUGUGCUGGACCAUAUGAGGGCCACUGUGAGGCAUGAGAUGACAGAGGCAGUGACGGCUUAUGAGGAAAAGGCAAGGGAACAGUGCCUUUUUGAGUAUCCUGCACAGGUGGCACUCACCAGCACCCAGAUUUGGUGGACUACAGAGGUCGGCAUUGCCUUUUCCCGUUUGGAGGAAGGCUAUGAGAAUGCCAUGAAAGAGUAUUACAAGAAGCAGGUGUCCCAGCUGAACACCCUCAUCACCAUGCUCAUUGGACAUCUCUCCAAGGGUGACAGGCAGAAAAUCAUGACCAUCUGUACCAUUGAUGUCCAUGCUCGAGAUGUGGUGGCCAAGAUGAUUGCUCAAAAGGUGGACAAUGCACAAGUAUUCCUUUGGCUGUCACAACUCCGGCACAGAUGGGCAGAUGAGGAGAAACACUGUUAUGCAAAUAUUUGUGAUGCACAGUUCCUAUAUUCCUAUGAAUAUCUUGGGAACACACCACGCCUGGUCAUUACUCCUCUGACGGACAGAUGCUACAUCACUCUCACCCAGUCUCUGCACCUGACUAUGAGUGGGGCUCCUGCAGGGCCAGCUGGAACCGGAAAGACUGAGACCACCAAGGAUCUGGGCCGAGCUCUAGGCAUCAUGGUGUAUGUGUUCAACUGUUCAGAGCAAAUGGACUACAAGUCUUGUGGGAACAUUUACAAAGGUCUUUCUCAGACUGGUACUUGGGGCUGUUUUGAUGAGUUUAACAGAAUCUCUGUUGAGGUUCUGUCAGUGGUGGCUGUACAGGUAAAAAGCAUUCAGGAUGGCAUACGAGACAAAAAGCAGAAUUUUAAUUUCCUUGGAGAAGACAUUAAACUGGUUCCGUCUGUUGGUAUUUUUAUUACCAUGAAUCCUGGCUAUGCGGGCCGUACAGAAUUGCCUGAAAAUUUGAAAGCUCUUUUCAGGCCAUGUGCAAUGGUUGUGCCAGACUUUGAAUUGAUCUGUGAAAUUAUGUUGGUGGCAGAAGGAUUCAUAGAAGCCAGAUUGUUAGCUAGGAAGUUCAUCACCCUUUACCGGUUAUGCAAAGAGCUGCUGUCCAAACAGGAUCACUAUGACUGGGGGUUACGUGCAAUUAAGUCAGUUUUGGUUGUUGCUGGUUCUCUCAAAAGAGGUGACCCGGACCAUCCUGAAGACCAGGUGUUAAUGCGCUCUCUCCGAGAUUUCAACAUCCCAAAGAUUGUGACAGAUGAUAUGCCUGUGUUCAUGGGUCUAAUUGGAGACCUCUUUCCUGCUCUGGAUGUCCCAAGAAAACAAGACCUCAGAUUUGAAUCUUUUGUGAAACAAGCCAUGCUGGAGCUUAAGUUGCAACCAGAGGACAAUUUUGUGCUCAGAGUGGUACAGCUUGAGGAACUCCUGACCGUUCGCCACUCUGUUUUUGUGGUGGGAAAUGCUGGCACAGGCAAGUCCCAGGUGCUGAAAUCCUUGAACAAGACCUACCAUAUAAUGAAGCAGAGGCCUGUUUGGACAGACCUCAACCCAAAAGCAGUCACCAAUGAUGAACUCUUUGGCAUCAUCAACCCUGCCACAAGAGAGUGGAAGGAUGGAUUGUUCUCAUCGAUCAUGCGAGAUCUAGCCAAUAUUACACACAAUGGCCCCAAAUGGAUGGUGCUGGAUGGUGAUAUUGAUCCAAUGUGGAUAGAGUCUCUCAAUACUGUCAUGGAUGAUAAUAAGGUGCUGACACUGGCAAGCAAUGAAAGGAUUCCUCUCAACCCUACAAUGAGACUGCUGUUUGAGAUCAGUCACCUACAGACUGCCACCCCAGCCACUGUCUCCAGAGCAGGGAUCCUUUACAUCAAUCCAGGUGAUCUGGGCUGGAAUCCUCCUGCAAGCAGUUGGAUUGACAAGCGAGAAAUCCAGUCUGAGAGAGCUAACUUGACCAUUUUGUUUGACAAGUAUUUCCCAGUUUGUCUGGACACUCUUAGAACCAGAUUUAAGAAAAUUAUUCCAGUUCCUGAGCAGAGCAUGGUUCAGAUGUUGUGUUACCUCCUUGAAUGCCUUCUGACAAAGGAAAAUACCCCUCCUGAAUGCCCCAGAGAACUCUAUGAACUUUAUUUUGUUUUUUCUACUGUCUGGGCCUUUGGUGGUGCUCUGUUCCAAGACCAGCUUGUAGAUUACAGAGUUGAGUUCAGUAAAUGGUGGGUGAUGGAGUUCAAGACGAUCAAGUUUCCUUCCCAAGGAACUGUCUUUGACUUUUACAUUGACCCAGAAACAAAGAAAUUUGAGCCAUGGUCCAGGCUGAUCCCCAAAUUUGAAUUUGAUCCAGAAAUGCCACUACAGGCAUGCUUGGUACACACCAGCGAAACCAUCCGGGUUCGUUACUUCAUGGAUCUUCUCUUGGAGACAUGCAGACCAAUCAUGCUGGUGGGAAAUGCAGGAACAGGGAAGUCUGUGAUUGUAGGAGAUAAGCUGUCCUUUCUGGAUUCUGAGGAAUACAUGGUGAAGAAUGUUCCUUUUAAUUACUACACCACAUCUGCCAUGCUACAAGCUGUUCUUGAGAAGCCUCUAGAUAAGAAGGCUGGAAGGAAUUAUGGCCCACCUGGCACCAAGAAACUCAUCUACUUCAUUGAUGACAUGAAUAUGCCGGAAGUAGACAGUUACGGGACAGUUCAGCCUCACACGUUGAUACGUCAGCAUCUGGACUAUGGGCACUGGUAUGACAGAAACAAGCUGUCCCUGAAGGAAAUCAUGAAUGUGCAGUACGUGUCAUGCAUGAAUCCCACAGCAGGCAGCUUCACUAUCAACCCACGCUUGCAGCGCCACUUCAGUGUGUUUGCCCUUUCGUUUCCUGGGUCAGAUGCUCUAUCCACCAUUUACAGCACCAUCCUAACACAGCACCUGAAGAGGGGGAACUUCCCUGGGGCUUUACAGAAGUCAUCACAGCAGUUAAUAAAUCUGGCACUUGCCUUUCAUUUGAAAGUGGCUGCAACUUUCCUGCCAACAGCUGUCAAAUUUCAUUACAAUUUCAACCUAAGGGAUUUCUCCAAUGUCUUCCAAGGUAUUUUGUUUUCAUCCCCUGAAUGUCUAAAGACUCCCCAAGAAUUAGUUAAGCUGUACCUGCAUGAGUCCAGUCGUGUUUAUCGGGAUAAAAUGGUUGAUGAGAAGGACUUCAAUCUCUUUGAUAAAAUGCAAACAGAGACUGUGAAGAAAUAUUGUGAAGAAAUUGAGCAUACCCUGCAACAGGCUAAGAAGAUGAAUAUGUUUUGCCACUUCGCAAAAGGACUCGGGGAGCCCAAAUACAUGCCAGUCCAGAGCUGGGAAUCAUUGAACCAACUCUUAGUGGAAGCCUUAGAGAAUCACAAUGAGGUCAACGCUGCCAUGAACCUGGUGCUGUUUGAAGAUGCCAUGUGCCAUGUUUGCAGGAUCAACCGUAUUCUGGAGUCUCCAAGAGGGAAUGCAUUGCUAGUUGGUGUGGGAGGAAGUGGUAAGCAGAGUCUGACAAGAUUAGCAGCUUUCAUCAGCUCACUGGAGCUUUUCCAGAUUACCUUGAGAACAGGCUAUGGAAUUCCUGACCUGAAGGCUGACCUGGCAGCACUGUACAUUGCAGCAGGAAUGAAGAACGUGGGUACUGUUUUUCUCAUGACAGAUUCUCAAGUGGCUGAGGAGAGGUUUUUAGUGCUGGUAAAUGACUUGCUAGCUUCAGGAGAAAUUCCUGAUCUUUUCCCAGAUGAUGAAGUUGAAAAUAUCAUCAGUAAUGUGAGGAAUGAAGUCAAAACCCAAGGACAGAUGGACACAAGGGAGUCCUGCUGGAAAUUCUUCAUUGAUCGGGUUAGACAGAAGCUCAAGGUUGCUCUUUGCUUUUCCCCUGUGGGAAAUAAGUUAAGAGUUCGUAGUCGGAAGUUUCCAGCCAUUGUGAACUGUACAGUGAUAGAUUGGUUCCAUGAAUGGCCUCAAGAGGCUCUGGAGUCUGUCAGCUUGCGCUUCUUGCAAGUGACAGAAAAUAUUGAGGAUCCAGUGAAAGAAUCUAUAAGUAAGUUCAUGGCUUAUGUGCACACCAGUGUGAAUGGAAUGUCCCGUUCUUACCUGAGUAAUGAACGUCGUUAUAACCACACCACUCCUAAGUCAUUCUUGGAGCAAAUCAAACUGUAUCAGAAUUUGCUGCUUAAAAAGAGGAAAGAACUGGCAGCAAAAAUGGAGCGACUGGAGAAUGGUCUGCAGAAGCUCAGCAGCACCUCUGCCCAGGUGGAUGAUCUAAAAGCAAAGCUGGCAGCCCAAGAAAUGGAGCUGAAACAGAAAAAUGAAGAUGCAGACAAACUGAUCCAGGUGGUGGGCAUAGAGACAGAGAAAGUGAGCAAGGAGAAGGUCGUUGCUGAUGAUGAGGAACAGAAGGUAGCCUUAAUUACCCAAGAGGUCCAGCAGAAGCAGAAAGACUGUGAGGAGGACCUGGCAAAAGCUGAACCUGCCCUUGCUGCUGCCCAGGAAGCUCUUAACACACUCAAUAAGAUCAAUCUGACAGAACUGAAGUCAUUUGGAUCACCGCCUUCCACUGUCAGCAAUGUCACCGCUGCUGUGAUGGUGCUCUUGGCUCCUGGUGGAAAGGUCCCUAAGGACAGAAGUUGGAAAGCAGCCAAGGUGGCCAUGUCAAAAGUGGAUGGCUUCCUGGACUCCUUAAUCAACUUCAACAAAGAGAACAUACAUGAGAACUGCCUUCGAACCCUUCAGCCCUACCUACAGGAUCCAGAGUUUAACCCUGAGUUUGUGACCUCCAAGUCCUAUGCAGCUGCUGGCCUCUGCUCCUGGGUCAUCAACAUUGUGCGUUUCUAUGAAGUGUAUUGUGAUGUGGAGCCCAAGCGUCAGGCCCUUAGCAAAGCAAAUGCUGAACUGGCUGCUGCGCAAGAAAAGCUGGCUAGCAUAAAGGCCAAGAUUGAGCACCUUAAUGAAAACUUGACAGUACUCACAGCUAAGUUUGAGAAGGCCACAGCAGAAAAGCUGAAAUGCCAGGAAGAAGCUGAAGUCACCGCAAAGACUAUUUCCCUUGCAAAUCGACUGGUUGGUGGCCUUGCCUCUGAAAAUGUGAGAUGGGCUGAAUCUGUGAAAGAGUUCAGGAUUCAAGAGAGUGCAUUGUGUGGAGAUGUCUUGCUGAUAACAGCCUUUGUCUCAUACUUGGGUUACUUCACCAAAAAGUACAGGCAGGAUCUGAUGGAUACUGUUUGGAAACCAUACUUGCAUCAACUGAAGGUUGCCAUACCUGUGACUCCUUCUCUAGACCCUCUGGUGAUGCUGACUGAUGAUGCUGACAUAGCAGCUUGGCAGAAUGAAGGGCUACCAGCUGAUCGCAUGUCUACUGAAAAUGCUACCAUCCUAACUAACUGUGAACGCUGGCCACUCAUGGUUGACCCCCAGCUCCAGGGCAUUAAGUGGAUAAAAGCCAAGUAUGGUGAACAUAUCCGAGUAACUCGGAUUGGCCAGAAGGGAUAUCUGAACAUGAUAGAACAGGCUCUUGCUGCUGGUGAAGUUGUUCUCAUUGAGAACUUGGAAGAAUCUGUUGACCCAGUACUAGGUCCAUUGCUUGGUCGAGAGACCAUCAAAAAAGGAAGAUACAUUAAAAUUGGAGAUAAGGAAUGUGAAUACAAUCACAGUUUCCGCCUAAUACUUCAUACAAAGCUAGCAAACCCCCAUUAUCAACCAGAAAUGCAGGCUCACUGCACCCUCAUCAACUUUACUGUAACUCAAGAUGGUCUGGAAGACCAACUUUUAGCAGCAGUUGUCAGUAUGGAGAGACCUGACCUAGAAGAGCUGAAGUCUGAUCUCACAAAGCAGCAGAAUGGAUUCAAAAUAACUUUGAAAACUUUGGAGGACAAUUUGCUAUCCCGCCUCUCCUCUGCCUCGGGGAAUUUCCUGGGAGACACAGGCUUAAUCGAGAAUCUGGAAGUGACCAAACAGACGGCUGCAGAAAUUGAAGAGAAGGUCCAGGAGUCCAAGCUGACAGAAACAAAGAUUAAUGAGGCAAGGGAACAUUACCGUCCUGCAGCAGCCCGGGCUUCCCUGCUGUACUUCAUCAUGAAUGACCUCAAUAGCAUCCAUCCCAUGUACCAGUUUUCCCUGAAGGCAUUCAGUGUUGUCUUCCAGAAAGCUGUCAAAAGUGCUGCCUUGAAUGAAAACCUCAAAGAACAAGUAGCCAACCUUAUUGACAGCAUUACCUUCUCUGUGUUCCAGUACACAACCCGAGGGCUGUUUGAAUGUGACAAACUGAUUUACAUAGCACAGGUCACUUUCCAGAUACUUCUAAUAACUAAAGAAAUUAACAACAUGGAACUUGAUUUCCUUCUACGAUAUCCAGCUCAGCCAGGAGUCAUGAGUCCAGUGGAGUUUUUGUCUAAUCAGUCAUGGGGUGGCAUCAAGGCUUUGUCAUCCCUGGAACAAUUUCGCAAUUUGGAUCGGGACAUUGAGGGUUCUGCCAAAAGAUGGAAGAAGUAUGUGGAGUCUGAAUGUCCUGAAAAGGAAAAGUUUCCACAGGAAUGGAAGAACAAGUCGACUUUGCAGAAGCUGUGUAUUAUGAGAGCCAUACGACCUGACCGUAUGACAUAUGCCGUCCGAGAUUUUGUGGAAGAGAAGUUGGGGAGUAAAUAUGUGGCUGGAAGAUCUCUGGAUUUUGCAACAUCAUUUGAGGAGUCGGGACCUGCAACCCCAAUGUUUUUUAUCCUCUCACCUGGAGUUGACCCCCUGAAGGAUGUAGAAAAGCAUGGGAAGAAACUUGGCUACACAUUUAAUAACAGGAAUUUCCAUAAUGUCUCACUUGGGCAAGGCCAGGAGGUGGUGGCAGAACAGGCCUUAGACUUGGCUGCAGCGAAGGGACAUUGGGUUAUCCUGCAGAACAUCCACCUGGUGGCCAAGUGGCUGAGUUCUUUGGAGAAGAAGCUAGAGGAGCACAGUGAAGGCAGUCAUCUGGAAUUCCGUGUCUUCAUUAGUGCCGAACCUGCAGUUUCGUCAGAGGGCCACAUAAUACCUCAGGGGAUCCUGGAAAAUUCCAUCAAAAUCACUAAUGAGCCCCCAACAGGGAUGCAUGCCAAUCUUCACAAGGCUCUGGACAACUUCAACCAGGACACCCUGGAGAUGUGUACCCGUGAGAAUGAGUUUAAGAGCAUCCUUUUUGCCCUGUGCUACUUCCAUGCUGUGGUGGCAGAAAGGUGCAAGUUUGGGCCACAAGGCUGGAACCGUUUGUACCCCUUCAACACAGGAGAUCUCACCAUUUCAGUCAAUGUUUUGUACAAUUACUUGGAGGCCAGUUCAAAGGUACCCUAUGAUGACUUGCGGUACCUUUUUGGAGAGAUCAUGUAUGGAGGACAUAUCACAGAUGACUGGGACAGGCGUCUCUGUAAGACCUACCUGGAGGAAUUCAUCAAGCCUGAAAUGAUGGAAGGAGAAUUCUCACUGGCUCCAGGAUUUCUCCUCCCAGGGAACAUAGACUACAAUGGCUAUCACCUGUAUAUAGAUGAUGCCUUGCCUGCUGAGUCUCCAUACCUUUAUGGCCUCCACCCCAAUGCAGAAAUUGACUUCUUGACCCAAACGUCAGAAAAGUUGUUCCGUACCCUCUUGGAGCUGCAGCCUCGGAACACCAGCUUAGGAGAAGGUGCAGGGACCACCUGGGAAGAGAAGGUGAAAGUACUGCUAGAUGAUAUCCUGGAGAAGCUGACUGAUGAGUUUAACAUUCCAGAGCUGAUGGCCAAGGUGGAAGAGAGGACACCAUACAUUGUUGUUGCAUUCCAGGAGUGUGAGCGAAUGAAUCUCCUGACAAGUGAGAUCCGACGUUCGCUGAGGGAGCUAGACUUGGGGCUAAAGGGUGAAUUAACUAUGACCAGUGAUAUGGAGUCUCUACAACAUGACAUCUUCUUAGAUACAGUACCUGAGUCAUGGACCAGGAGGGCUUAUCCUUCCAUGGCUGGUCUCUGUGGCUGGUUUGCUGACCUUCUCAGUCGUAUCAAGGAGCUAGAGACAUGGACAGGGGACUUCAUGCUACCAUCUGUGGUGUGGUUGGCAGGCUUUUUCAAUCCACAGUCUUUCUUGACAGCCAUAAUGCAGUCCAUGGCACGAAAGAAUGAGUGGCCGCUGGACAAAAUGACCCUACAAUGUGAUGUGACCAAAAGAAAUCGUGAAGAUUUUUCCAGCCCACCACGGGAAGGAGCAUACAUCCAUGGAUUGUUCAUGGAAGGAGCACGCUGGGAUAUGCAGACAGGUUUAAUUGCUGAUGCCCGCCUGAAGGACCUUACUCCAUCAAUGCCGAUUAUUUUCAUCAGAGCCAUCCCUGUUGAUAAACAAGAUGUUCGCAAUGUGUACCCUUGUCCUGUGUAUAAAACCCGCCAACGUGGACCAACCUAUGUCUGGACCUUUAACUUGAAGACUAAAGAGAAACCUUCCAAGUGGGUUUUAGCAGGAGUCGCACUCCUCCUACAAAUUUAAACUCCAACCCAAAUGCUCUUUUCCAAACAGAAUGGACAAGAAAAGAGGCCACUGUGUCUUCUUUUGGAAAUGUUUCACAAAUUCAA